CUUUUAUGCAAGAUUUUCUUGGAGGGUUUUUGAGCUCGGAAAGCAGGGUGUCUAAGGUCUGAUGAAUUGACCUUCAAGUUAGAAGGACUUGCCUUACAGUAUUUCUGAGUCUUCUCAAGAUGAUGAAGGAAAAUCUGGUAAAAUCUGCAGUUGGAGAGCCAACAGGCCGAAUCACAAGAGCUCGAGCAGCUGCUUAUCGUCAAUCAGGAGAUAUGCAUUCCAAGGAACUGUCAAAGCUGCAAGAUGAGAAGUUGAAACUUGAAAAGACCGGCCUUGAAUGGGAGGAACAACGAUGCUCCUUCCUAAUCUUUGUAAUCAGCCAAAGAGGAGGGCUGUUCUUGAAGGAUGUCACUAAUGUUUUCUGCAAGAAUUCACGAAGGAAGUGCCUUAAUGACAACUAAAAUUCCUAGGAACAGAAAAGAAGGUAGAAAAAGCUCAAUAAUGGAGUCCAAAUUGGUUGCUCCUGUGGCAGUAGAAGCGCAACAGGCUGUGGUUGAUUCAGCAACAAGUAUCAGCCAAGAAAUUGAGCGUACAUCACUUCAAUCUGGCAAAGUUGCCUGUUCACUGAAGUUGGAUAAGCACUCAUUAUGCAGCUCAAAUGAAUUUAUCAGGAAAAAUUGUGGCAAAGAUUGUCAGCUCAUAAAGCAAGAAUGUGGCAAUCUCUUGCGACACGAAAGCAUUUCAAAGAAAGAAACCAUUCUUGAAAAUGAGAUGUCAGCAGCAUCAACAACACCAGACUUUACUGAUAUUGAUGCUGAUCACGGGGAUCCCCAGUUAUGCAGCCUAUACGCUUCUGAGAUAUAUAGGAACUUACAUGUUGCAGAGAUCAUCAGAAGACCAGAUUCUCUUUAUAUGGAAGGAAUUCAGCAAGAUAUCAGUCAGACAAUGCGGGGAAUUUUAGUAGACUGGCUUGUCGAGGCGUGUGAUCAUUAUAAGCUGGUGCCAGACACACUUUAUCUGACAGUAUAUCUGGUCGAUAUGUUCCUCUCUCAAAAGUACAUAGCAAGGCAAAGACUUCAACUUCUUGGCAUUACUUGUAUGCUAAUUGCCUCGAAAUAUGAAGAAAUUUGUGCACCACGUGUGGAGGAGUUGUGUUUCAUCACGGACAACACUUACACCAAAACUGAGGUCCUGGAACUAGAGAGUGAAGUUUUGAACAAUUUGGGGUUUCAACUGUCAGCUCCUACUGCUAAAACUUUUCUUAGGAGAUUCCUACGUGCAGCACAUUCAUCUUAUGAGUGCUCGAGUCUCGUGUUGGAGUUCUUAGCCAAGUACCUUGCAGAGUUGACAUUGGUCCAUUAUGGUUUCCUGAAGUUCCUUCCUUCUGUAAUUGCUGCAUCAGCAAUAUUCCUUGCCAGAUGGACACUUAAACAAUCAGGCCACCCAUGGAAUCCAACAAUGGAAUACUAUACCAAGUACAAGGCUUCAGAUCUGAAAACAACAGUUCUUGCUUUACAAUGUCUUCAGUUAGACAGUCAUUCUUGUCCUUCAAAUGCUAUACGCACAAAGUACCAGCAAGAUAAGUUUAAAUGUGUUGCGGCUCUGCGCUCCCCAAAACUUUGUGACACUGUGUUCCAAACAUGAAAUGGCCGAUGUCCUGAUGGAUGGAGGACAGUUGAAGACUGAUUCUAUACCUGCAGAUUGCCAUUGGCUAGAAACAAUUCUGCUUGACCUCCUACUCCUUCUAUCAGUCUUGGUGUCUAUAGUUAUCUUUUGUUUUGGUCGCCAUGCACAUUUGUUGUGCAGCCUCUUUCUUCAUUACCAGCAUUGACAAUACUUUGAACUUCUCUGAAGGUUUUGGUCCUUCCAAACCUGUCUCUUGAACUUGGAAUAUUUCUUGGAUUAAACAACUUCGAUGCCUUCAAAUGCUGUAAAAUACUGAUCUUUGGCUGUAAGUUGUAGGUAACCGGAUGCAAAUAUUACUUGCGAAGUUUCGCUCACAUUGUUUUAUGUGGAUGCUUUUGAGUAAACAGAAAAAAAGAGGGAUGCUUUGUACGUAUUCAACUUCAGGAGAGAAGAUGAAAAUGGUUCACAAGAAUGGCAUCAUGUUUACAUGAUAGGACAGAGAAAAGUAAUAAAGUUCUGAAUUUAAAGCCUUGAUCUUGUUGCCAAUUGCUAUCGGACGAAGCAUAUAAGAAUGUGAGGAACAGCUUGGAUGGUUAAUAUUGAGCUGAAGGAGGACAUCAGUAC